AUGUCAAAAGAAAAGGGGGUGGAAGCUUUGGAUAGGUACAUCAGAAGGUUAUCUUCACAUCCAAAUGCUGAUAUUUAUAAGGGGCAACAAGUGGAAAUCAAUAUAAGUGACGAUGACAAGAAGUUUUCAGUAAGAUCACUAUGUUGCUGUUCCAAAAAGAACGCAGGUACCGAACAGUCUGAUAUAGACGUCGCCAAAGAAGUAAACAUUACUGAACAUUUGAUGAGCGUAACCGAACUUGAGUUCAAGUUCAGAACCAAUGCUGAUGAAGGCCUAACACAAGAAGAAGCUGGAAUUCGACUAAAAAAAGAUGGCCCGAAUGCGUUCACUCCACCUAAACAGAAGUCAAACUGGAUGAUUUUGCUGAAAGAGCUCACGGCAGGUUUUGCCGGCAUUAUGUGGCUGACUGCAAUUGCCUCGUGUGUCGUCUUUGCUAUCGAGAAGAAAAUGACUGACAUUUACUUGGCCAUCUUCAUUUCUGUGGUUCUCGUUGCUACGGCUUUAUACAGUUUUAAACAGCAACGAAGCAGUGGAAAGAUUUUUGAGUCUUUUAAGAACAUGAUCCCACAGCAAACUCUAGUAAUUCGUGAUGGAAAACAGAAAAAAGUGCCCGCAGACCAGUUGGUAGUUGGUGACAUUGUGCUCUGCAAGGGCGGCGAGCGGAUUCCCGCCGAUGUUCGCAUUCUCAAGUGUGAAGGAAUGAAGGUGGACAAUUCAUCACUGACCGGAGAGGCUGAGCCACUGUCUCGAUCACCUGAGGCAGGUCAUCAGAUGCCACUGGAGGCAAAGAACAUUGCCUUCUUCUCAACCUCCUGCAUUGAUGGCAGUGGCGUUGGCAUGGUCAUUGCUACUGGUGACAACACUGUCAUGGGCAAAAUUGCCAAGCUAGUCACAAAUAUUCGGACAAACGACUCUCCGAUUACCAUUGAAAUCAGCCGAUUUGUCAAUAUCAUAGGAAUACUCAGCAUAGCCGAGGGAAUCGUCUACUUUGCCAUCUGCAUGGCUCUCAAAAUUGACAUUUUCGAGUCGUUCAUCUUCAUGAUCAGUAUCAUCGUGGGCAACAUUCCCGAAGGUCUACUGCCUGCAAUGACACUGGGCCUAACGUUGACCGCCAAACGACUGGCGCAAAAGAAGUGCCUCAUCAAGUACCUGGAGGCGGUGGAAACUCUUGGCUCUACCUCGACGAUUUGCAGCGACAAGACGGGCACACUGACAGAGAACCGAAUGACCGUUGAGCACUGCUACCUGGGCAAUCGCAUAGUGCACGUCUCACAUGAUAAGGACGAGUUCAAGGAGGACAUUGAGGGACUGGAAGCCUGUUGGGAUGCCUAUGAGAGGUGCGCCAAACUGUGCUCACGAGCCACUUUUGCCAGUUUUGAUGAUGACGUUUUGAAGCGAGAGUGCAGCGGUGAUGCCUCGGAGAGCGCCAUACUUCGCUUCAUGGAGUCGGUGACGCCGGUGGUGGAGGAGUACCGAGAUCGCUUUCCCAAAGUGGCCGAGAAGCCCUUCAGUUCAGUGUACAAGUAUCAGUUCUCGGUGCAUCGCUACAACAGGGAGGAGGGGAAGGAGAAGGGGUCGGGCGAUCCAAACUUUUUCGUCGUUCUCAAGGGCGCCCCUGAGCGGAUCAUUGCCCUCUGCUCGUCUAUUCUCAAUGUCAACGGAAAAACAGUUCCAAUGAGCGACGCUGACAUUGAAGCCUUUGAGACGGCCUACCGCGAGCUGGGCUCAAUGGGCGAACGUGUGCUCGCUUUCUGUGACAUGGACCUGCAGGGCUUUGCACCCGAUCACCAGUUCAACCUCGACGAAGAGGGCAAAGACUUUGAGGUGAACCACUUUCGCUUCCUGGGCCUGGUGGCGCUGAUCGACCCGCCGCGGGCGUCAGUCCCUGAUGCGGUGGCCAAGUGCAAGGAGGCAGGCAUCACCGUCAUCAUGGUCACUGGCGAUCAUCCGAUCACUGCUCAGGCAAUUGCCAAGUCGGUGGGCAUCAUCUCAGUGUCGCAUCGUCGCUCGACGCAAAUCAGCUUGCCGCGCAUUGAUAAGAAGUACAAUCCUAUGCGGAAAAACUUUGCCUCCAUCGUCGUGCCGGGAGAUGAGCUGUCCACGCUUAGCGAUGAGGAGCUUCGCACCAUUCUGCGCGACUUCAAUGAGAUCGUCUUUGCGCGCACCUCGCCACAGCAGAAGCUGCGAAUUGUGGAAAAUUGCCAGAAGCUGGAUCGAAUUGUCGCCGUCACUGGAGAUGGCGUCAACGACUCGCCGGCGCUGAAGAAGGCAGACAUUGGCGUGGCCAUGGGCAUCACCGGCUCGGAUGUGUCGAAGCAGGCGGCGGACAUGAUCCUCAUGGAUGAUAACUUCGCGUCCAUCGUCGUCGGCGUCGAGGAAGGUCGUAAGAUUUUCGAUAAUCUAAAGAAGAUUAUCUCGUACAUCCUCACAGGCAACAUUUCAACUUUGUGGCCGUUUGUUUUUUUCAUUGCAUUUGGCAUUCCAGUGGCAAUCAGUCCAAUAAUGAUGUUGGUCGUUACAUUGGGCACUGAUUUGGUUCCCGCUAUAUCGCUGGCAUAUGAAAAGGCCGAGUCGGACAUUAUGAAACUAUCACCCCGAAACCCAAAGAGAGAUCGUCUUGUGACUCGAAGUCUGCUUCUUUGGGCCUUUUUCCAAGGUGGACUGAUUGUGACAGCAGGAGGCUUUCUGGGGUACUUUAGCACGCUGAUGGACGAAGGUUGGAUGCCCUGGAACUUGUUCGACAUGCGUGAGCAUUGGGAGGAUGUUAACAUGAACUUGACUGACUUCUACAAUCACACCUGGACAUAUGAAGAACGAAUGGAAAUAAUGCCAUCAGCACAGAGUUCAUACUUUGCCGGAGUGUCACAAAGUACAAAGUACAUUAGCUGGAAAUGA